AUGGAUGAUGGUGAACCGAGGGCAGCGCCAAACGAAAGGUUUGAAGCUCUGAAAAGAAGAGCCGUUCCACCAGAUUACCAAAAAGAGCUCGGAGAUGAUGAUCUGCACAAAAUUAUGGAUAGUGAUCUAUAUGAACCCACGGAAAAAGGGGACGUCGAGAAAUUCAUCCAUGAGUUACAAAAGGUUAUUGAGUCGAGGAAACUAGCUUUGUCGCUAAUCCUCAACCAUGUCACCCCCUCCGGGAAUUCAUUGCUUCAUGUAGCAGCAAGCUCUGGGAACAAUGAUGUCAUGGAGCUCAUUCUCCUUCAUUUUCCUAACACCAUGGCCCAGAAAAACUACUCGGAGGAUACUUCGCUCCAUGUCGCCGUUCAAGAUCAAAGGCUCAACGAAACAGAAAAGCUAAUUGGCCGAACAAGAGACUGGGAAAUUAUAUAUUGGAAGAACAAGGAUGGUAAAUCUUCAUUAAAUCUGGCAAUUGAAAAGUGCAAGUAUUUGGAUUGGGCAGAUCGCCAGGGGGCGGGUUGGGAGAUUUUUCAGCUUCUCUCGCAGGAAUUUGCUCGAGAUGAAGCUUACGCAGACAAGAUACAGUGCACGUCACCAGUUUUGGCUGCACUUGAGGAAUGGGGGGAAGGUAUGUUGAAAGAAAUUAUAGAUCGGCUUCCGAAGUUACUCCACGUGCGUGAUGAAAAGGGAAGGACACCACUGCACGUUGUAGCAUCGGGUAGAUAUUUUUCGGCAGUGAAGCUCCUGCUGGAGAAAUGCCCUCAUCUCGCCCUUCAAACGGACGAAAACGGCUCCUACCCGAUUCACAUCGCUUGCGAAGGGUGGAGCUACUCCGUGCUCUCCGAAUCAAUAAAAGUCACGUGGUCCGACCUGGCAGAGAUCAAAAACAAAAACGGUCAGAAUAUUCUGCACGUUGCAGCCAAGGCCGGGAACGACCUCGUGGUCUACUGGAUAUUUAAAUUAUGCAGCGAGCCCGAUAUCACCAAGAAGCUAAUGAAUUCGAAAGAUGUCGAUGGAAACACGCCCCUCCAUUUGGCAUCGAUGCACAACCAUUGUGAAGUUAUGCGCUUUUUGACGAAGGACAAAAGAAUUGACUCGUGCCUUCGGAACAAUGAUGGGUUGACCGCGCUGGAUGUGGCCAUGGAAUCCAGAAGCUUGUCGACGAGAAAUCCAGCGUUGGUAGGAUGUGCGAUUUUGAUUGUCGCUGGUGUGCCACGAAGCAAAGGUCAAGACGUUCUGUUGCCAAGAGAACAAGGUUCUGGAUCGAGCAAAUCAUCUCCUGCCAAAUGGAUCAAGGACCAGGUCGAUACAUUAAUGCUGGUGGCCACGCUUGUGGCCUCCAUCACGUUCGCUGUGGGCUUAACCUUGCCCUGUGGAUAUAAUGCUUCCGGUGAUCCGCACCCGGGAACGACAACCAUGCUUUACCAUGGAGCAUUUCAGGUUUUCGUAAUUGCCAACAUGUUCGCCACGUACAACUCCAUUCUUGUAGUUGUAGUCCUCCUCUGGAGUCCCAGCAAGGAUUUUUAUGUUGCAGAAUUGGCUUACCACUUAGCCGGGCCAUUAUUGUCAAUGGCUUUCACUGGCAUGUCAGUGGCUUUUUUGCAGCCAUAA